AUGACAAUCGAUGCCGCUGUCAUCGACCAAUUCGGCCAGCCGCCGCCCGGCAUCGACCUCUCCGAGGUGCAUAUGCCGGGGACGGACAUCGGGGUCAUAGUCUUGGUUGCCGUUGCGACAUUAUCCGUAAUCCUCCGGCUGGGCUCGAGGCUUGUCCAAGAUGCAGGGUUGCGAGCAGACGACUAUCUCAUCAUUGUUGCUUUGAUCCUGUCGAUUGGGACCUGUGUCAUGACGGUUGAAAUGACUGCGGCCGGAGCUGGAAGGCAUGUCUGGGCUUUGAAAACAGAACAAGUAGUAGAGACAUCAAUGGACCUGUUUGCUUUGGGUAUCAUUUAUACUUUAGCAGCCAUGUUCAUCAAGGCGUCGAUCAUACUACUAUACGUACGGGUCUUCUCAACGACAAACAAAGCCUUUCGACUAUGCAUAUACUUCGCGUCAUUCCUGACUGUCGCCUUGGCUGUGACCUUCAUAGUGGUCAUUCUUGCUGCCUGCCAGCCCAUGGAAUUCUUCUGGACACGAUACGAUGGGCAUUCAGAAGGCACUUGCAUCGACUUGGGCAGCUUCUUCGUCGCGUUUUCCAUCUUCAACGUCUCGCUUGAUGUCUUCUUGCUGGUGUUACCUAUUCGGCAGGUGCUGAAGUUACAUAUGUCGGCGCGGAAAAAGAUAAUUGUCUGUGCACUUAUGCUGCUUGGAAUUUUUGCUUGUGCUGCCGGCAUGAUCCGUAUCUACUAUAUGCUGAUGUUUGCUUUUGCACACGACCACACGUGGGCCAUGGGGCCAGUCGGGCUCUGGGUGUCGGUGGAACCCGCGAUCGGCAUUGUCUCGACCUGCAUGGCUAAUGUCAUGCCACUAUACUACUGGCUAAUGGAGAAGGCUAACCCGGGGGAGCACGCCGAAAGGACGAACAGGCCGCGGUCGAGCGAUUACAGGGGGCUUGACAGGAGUCGUCUGCAGACGGUUAUCGAGGGCAAGCUGGUGCUGAGGCCUAGGGAGGACGACGAGAUCCGCCUCACGACGCUUGCGACUGCAGGAAGACAGGAGUCGGAUGAGGACAGCCACCACGAGAGGGGUAUUAAGGUCACUUCGGAUGUCACUGUCACAGUUAGCGAAGCCAGCAGCUUGUUGCACAAUCUCAAGCCUCCAUAUUUGCCAUUGCACAACCUCGCCCUAGGCUAUCUGUCCCACCUAGUCGACCAAUGGACACAGCCAGCCUCGUGGGGGCGCUAUCCGUUGCCGUCUCGCUUUGGUGACAGACAACAGCCCAUAAGGUGCACUCUCAUUGGACUCGUUCCGGAAUUCCGGAGCUUCUCUGACGAGCCCCGGCAGUGGAAUCAUGCGACGCUCGUAUGA